CAUGUAAACCUUUCUACUAUUUUUAUUAAAGAUGCCAAUACUUUGGCUGGCUUACUGAAGGGAGACUGAAGCUGCGCAAGUGGCACCAUGUUCAAGCGAAAACCAAAGCCUGCCCCUCCAAAGCCUCUUCCGCCAGCGCGAAAUGUUCCUGCGGCUACACCACCGCGGCCGUCGCUGGCCCGAGCGCCCUCACGGCGAUUGACCAUCCAUGAGACUUUGCAGCAAAGCCAGGGAGCGCUAUUCCGCCUGCGGGGACUCAAUCCUGGCGAUCUCCAGGCGUUUCCGUUGCUGAACGAAAUCCAGCGGCUGAUCCAACACCUCAAGGAGGCAACCGCGGCCUUAGCUCCAGCCGACCGAGAGGCAUGGUCGUAUCAAAUCGCGGACCUGGAUGAAGAGUUUCGGGAGCUUGCGGAUGUGGUGGUGGCCAAAGCUGACGCGGCCAAUCCAGCUCCAGAGCCGCGUGCACCGGCUGGCCGGAGUGUUGGGGGCCCUGGGCACAGCAACCACAGCCCCGCACCACAACCGCUGCUGCGGGGGCCUGCUCGCCCAGACCCCAGCAUUGCCCCACCUGGCAUGCGGCCCAGCCCCAGCGGCCGCGUGCAACAGGCCGUGGCGUUCUUCUCGCGCCAUGGCCACGAAGGCCAGGCCGCGGGCCCACAGUCCCCCAUGCCGCCUGCGGCCAGCUUGCACGCAUUGCGACAGCAGCAGCAGCAGAUGUACGCACAGCAACAACAACAGCAUCCGCAGCAGUUCCAUGCACAACAGCGGCAACACCCGCAGCAGCACCCGCAGCAGCUAUACCCACAGCAGCAGCAGCAAUCUCAGCAGGUCCCGGCAAGUCCCAGCGGGGCGUGGCAGCAGCCAGAUUCGCAGCAGCAGCAGGGUGGCCCGCCUGUGGGGAGGGAGGAGCGGAUCCUGCUGGCGCAAAGGCAGGCCGCACUGCUGGCGAAGCACCACGCCUUCCUGGAGCAGCAGCGGCAGGCACAGGCACAGGCGCAGCAGCGGGUGAGCACGCAGCACCAGCACAGCGGCAGCGGCCUGGAGAGCGAUGGAGGCAUGUCGCGGUCUGGGACUCCGGCGCCGGGCUUAGGGCCGCAAUCCUCGUUUCGCCGACAGCCAUCGUACCAGCAGCACUCGUAUGGGGGACAGUCGCACGGAGGGCAGGAGCAACAGCCGCAGGAGCUGGCGUGGCAGCAGCAAUACCCGCAACCACAAGAACGGCAGGAGCAGCACAUGCGCAGGCAGUUGCAGCAGGCACAUGCUGAUGCAGUGCCGGCUCCCGAGGCCCGGGCUGCGGGACCGUUCGCCCAGGCUGAAGUGCAGGCGCGGCAGGGGUUGGGCGCACAGGCGGCUGAAGACGUUUCACAGCGCGUGCAGUGGCAGCAGGAGCGAACGCAUCUACAGGUAGCUACGCAGCAGUCCUAUGCUUCUCAGCAGCAGCAGCUGUAUGCGCGCCAGCCGGAUCCACAGUGGGGCGGCGGCGGGGACGACACGGCGCCGCUGCCGCCGUCGCAGGCUCAGCUGCAGGCUCUGAUGCCCCGCCGCUCGGAAUCGCGGCCGGGGCCACAGCAGCAGAGCGCGCAGCAGUCGGGCGGGCAUGAUGAUUUGUUCAGUGGUCUGGACAUCAUGCCCGAAGCUGAGGCGGCGGCAGCGGCUUCGCUCGGGCCGAGGGACAUGGCGGUGGUGGUGGUGGCGGCUGAGUGCCGCCCGGAGCACUACCCGCAGGUGCUGCCAGCGCGGAGCGACGCCGGCCUGUCGCCUGCUUUCUCCGGGAACGGCUAUGACGCGUCCGGCGGCGGCGCCUGGUCAGCGGUCGCCAGCCCGCAGGUGUACGCGGCAGGCCAGCAGCACGCAUGGCAGGGCCGGGUGCAGCAGCAACAGCAGCUUCAUCAGUGGCAGCAACAGCAGCAGCACACGCAAUGGCAGCCGCAGCGGCAGCAGGAGCAGCGGCAGCAGGACGGGGCUGGGCAGUGGCGCCCGCAGCUGAGCCACCAGGACAGUGGCAGCAGCGCGGGGCGGCAGCCCGGCCAACUGGGCCACUCCUCGCCCUCACCCGGCGCCCACACUACCGCGUAUACGGGGAAACCUCAACUGGCACUCCCGGCGCCAGAUCAACAGCCAGAGGCGCAGCAACAGGUGCAGCUGUAUAAGCCGCAGUGGCAGCAGCCGCAGCCCUGGUCGGAGCAGGCCAUGAACGGCGCUGCCAACACGCACUUACACCGGGUGUCCACAAACGCUUCCGAGGCGGCUGCCCCGAUGCCGCCCAUCGCAACACCGCCCCCGGCACAGGCUUUCGCUUCCCGUGCAGCAGCAGGGCCGCCUGCCAGCCCUACAGUGCUUCCUAACUCCGGCUUUGGGAUGCAAGGCGCGGCGGAGGCCCGCCCCUGGACAGAAGCAGGGAGCAGCAGCGGCAGCAGUGCGCCCUCUGCGGCAGCGGCGAUUGCAGCGCAACAGAGAAAGGACCAGCAGGCGAGGUAUGCUGGGCAGGGUGGCUUUGCGACUGGCGCAUUCGCUGUCGCUGCCACAGCAGGCUCACGGUUAGGUGCUGGCACCAAUAACGGUACUGGCGCGGGUGCGGGCGGCCAGGCACAGCCAUCGAUAGGCCCUGUUGGCCCCGCAGCUGGGCAGGCGGGCUCCGCGAACCCGGCGGCAGCGCUACCCCGUGUGGCGGAGUUGCCGACCUUGGGCGACUUGCAGAGCUAUCUUGAACAGGUCACCGGCUCCAUUGCAGAGUGCAGCGCCGCGGCGCAGCAGCGCGCGCAGGCCACCACGCGCGCCUGGGCGGAGGCCAUCUCCCAGGCUCAGCACGUGGAGGCCGCGCUGGUGCAGCAGCGGCGCGGGCUGCGUGCGGCCAUGGCGGAUGUGGCUGCAGGCGCGGCACGCCUGGAGCAGCAGCAGGCGGCUGCGGCCGCGGCGGAGGAUUAUGGCACGGCGGCGGCUCUGGAUGAGCAGCUGGGCGAGCUGCGUGUGCGGGGGCAGGCGCUGGCGGGGGAGGUGCGGGACCUGGACGCCGGCCUGCAGCGCGCCAGCGAGCUGCAGGCCGAGCUGCUGUGGCGGCAGGCCUCGGCGCUGAGGGCCACCAGCAUCUACCUCACGCGGCUGCAGGAGGGCCAGCAGCACAUGUCGGCGGCGCUGGCGGAGCAGGCGGAGCGCGAGGCGGCGGCGGCGCUAGGGCUUCACCACGCGGCACAACAGGCGCUGGAGGAGCGCUGGGCGGUGCUGGCGGAGCGCAGAAGCGAGUUGGACGCCGGCGCCCAGCAACUGGAGGCGCGGGUGGCGGAGGCGGCAGGCCCGGCCGAGGAGGAGCGGCAGCGUUGUGCAUCAGCCCGGAAUGACCUGCAGGCCGAGGUGGACCAGCUGCGGGCGCUGCUGGCGGCCAAAGAAGCGGCGCUCGCGCAGGCCUGCGCGGCGCUGGAAGAGGCGGAGGCGAGCGUACGGGCCGCCUCGGCCGGCUUCGAGCCGGAGGCGGCGGCGCUGGAAACAGCACGGCAGGCGCUGGCGGCGGAGGAGGCGUCUCUGGCGGCGCAGCAGGAGGCGCUGCAGGAGAGUGAGCGGCAGGCGGCGGCUCGCUCGGACGCGGCGCAGGAGCACCAGCAGCAGCUGGCGGCGCAGGCGGCGGCGCUGGCGGACGCGGCGGCCGGCAUGGUGGCGGAUGCCGAGGCGCUGGAGGGGCGGCUGGCGGCGGCGGACGCCGGCCGGCAGCGGCGAGAGCAGCUUGCAGCGGCGGACGAGUCGGCAGCGGAUGGGGCGCGGGACCUGGAGCGGUGCCUGACUGCGCUGUCCGCGGACCUGUCGCAUCUCGCGGAGCAGCGCGGGCAGCUGGCGGCGCAGCAGGCGACGGUGGCGGCCGCGCUUCAGGGGCUGCAGCAGCGGCUGCCGGCGCUGGAGGGCGCAAAGCGGGCGGCCGCGGAAGCGAAGGACUUCCGCGAGGCCGCGCGCCUUUCCAAUGAGCAGCGGGAGCUGUCACUCAAGGUCGACUCGGCGGCGGCGGAGCUUGCGCGGCUUAACGGUUGCACUGGCGAGCUCUCAACGGCAGAGGCGGCCAAGCAGCGAGAGGCUGCGGAGCUGCACCAGCUGCUGACGGAGGCGCGCAGGCACGCGGCUGAGGCACGGCAUAGGUACCUGAUCUUUUGCAUUGGCGCCAGCCGGGCCGCGCAAGAGGAUGCCGUUGCAAGCGAGCGCUAUGAGCAGGCGGCGCAGCUGCAGUCGGACCUGGAGGCCGACGAGGCGGAGGCGGCGGCCAUCGAGCAGGCCUGGGGACUCAGCCGCCCGCCAUCCGCACCCAGCACCACCACCGCCAGCACCACCGGCGGCAAUAGGGCCCGGCGCGCGGGCUCUGUCGGGGGCGGCCAGCGCCAGGCAGCCGGCACCGCACCUGAUGAGGCAUCAGAGGCGGGCUCAACCCCGGGCCUGGCGCUGACCCGUGCCAGCGAGGCCCCCGGACACGAAGGCGGCCGCGGCAGCCGGGAAGCUGGCGAGCCGCUGCCCUCGGUGCCGCGGCUGGCGGGCCCCGUGGGGGGCUACAACGGCAUCGACGAGCACGAGGCCUCAGGGUCGGCUGCGUUGUCCUCUUUUGCUUCCGCGGCGGCAGCCCUGGACGCCGAGGGCGAUGCCGCCGCCAGCGGCCGCCCGUGGACACCCGCAGGCGAGGUCAGCCACAUGCAGGGGCCGGGGCAGGCGCAACGGCAGAGCCAGACGCAAUGGCAGGCGCAGGGCCAGGGACAAGGCCAUUACCGGUACAACGACAGCAGCGGCUCGCAGCUCCCCGGGCAGGAGGCAGGCGGGCAGCCGCAAGAGCCUGUGGCCGGUGUUGAUGAGGAUGCGGCCGCGGACCACGGCUGGCAGCGCCAGGGCCAGGAGCACGCGGCGCCCGGCAGCGCCCCCGACGGCGACCUGCACGACAACCCGCUGUUUGCUGACCUGGAGGUGCACGAGCACCGCGUCACCAACGACCUUGACGCGGUUGGGGCAGCGGGCGGCAGCAGCGGGAUUGUGGAGGGGGGUGGCACUGAAGGGGGGUGGCAGCAUGGGGCGGCGCCCUCAGGCGGGUGGCAGGCCUACCACAACCCGGUUGCGGAGCAUGAUGGCGGCGAGGAGGGGCAAGACGCAGAAGGUUACGGGGCGCAGGGCUUCGGGUUGCAGGGUGUGCACCCGACGGUGUAUGGCCGGUAGUUAGAUAUUUCUGUUGAUUUAGGAUUUAUUGGAAGCACUGACAAACGUAAUGUGGUCAUGUGGUGGCAUCCCUGUGUGGUCGUAAUGGAGCAAGAACACCAGCAGGGUAUUAACGCUGAUCACCUGAACGUCUGGACCUUCUCCCAACGGCUCUCACUCAUGGACGCUCUACCCAACAUGGCAAAGUAACGUCCUGGCCUCCAAGGCGUGAAGGUGCCAGCUGGGCCGUUGGCGGUUGCCGUUACAAGGGCUGGGGGCAUUUGGAGGUCCAGUCAUGCCAGGUCAUGUAGCCCUGCAUGGACUUGCACGCCUGCAGCUCUCCAUAACGUCAUGUCCUGCUACUCCGUUAACAGCGAAAGCUCACAUCCGAUUGGCGGCGCACCAUUAGGCUGACAAGGCCUCGGCCGUCCUUCCGUAGUGGCUUCUCGCACGGGCUGCAGUAGGCCAGGAAGAACUAGGCUCGAGAGUCGAGGCAUGGCUUGUCGGGGGAUGGAGGUCGGCCGAGCACCGCCUACAAGUACUGAAGUACCAGGCAGGCAGGACCGGCGCGGUGGAAUACCCACCCAAUGUUUGUACUUGCUCAUCUGUACGCCUGGUUGCUUGUUGCCUGAUGGGAAAGCGCUUGGCUCACGCUCAUGCUUCCACGCCUUCAAUAGAUUCUCUC